AUGAAUUACGACGAAUCCGCCUCCCCCUCCGAGAAGAAACGUGCGCCUGCAGCGUGCCUCCGCUGCCGCCAGCGCCACAUCAAAUGCCCCGGCGGCGAGCCCUGCAGCAAAUGCUUCUCCUCCAAGGCCAAGUGUGUCUACGUCGAAGCCGACCGCAAGAUUGUCGUUUCCGUUAAAUAUCUCGCUAAACUCCAGGAAGAGCUACAGCGAAGCAAGCAAGAGAACGAAAGGUUGCGCCGCCUUCAGACCCUUUCCGGCGCCGAGCCCCUCGACGAAGCAUUUUCGAACCUGGACGCCAAACUGAUGGCAGAGUCAGAGGUGCUUCCGCCGUAUCUCGAUAAAUACGGCAAACUUUUCAACUCCAAGGGGUCCAAGUUUUACCUCGGCUCCUCCUCCAUCACGCUUUUCGGUAUGGCGAUCCAGAACUUGAUCCCCCACGACAGCCACCCCGGGUCGCGUGUGCCAUCAUCAACCGCGCUCAGCUCGCUCGACCACGCAAAGGAGGCGCGCGCGUUGGAGAACGAGGGCAAUGCGUACAAGAUCGUGCUCUCGCACGCGAACAAUCUUAAGGUCAAGUUCACGUUGCCCAGCUUCUCCUAUGCGAUCCUCCUCGUCGACACGUUUGUGACCUACAACGAUGCGUGCUUCUACUUCUUCAACGAGGGUCAGGUCAAGGAGAAACUCCGCGAGAUCUACGAGCCCGGUGCCGAGACCGACCAGGACCGCCUCAGUCAGACCAUCUGGUACUGCAAGAUCCUCCUUGUGUUUGCCAUCGGCGAGAUGUACCUCGGGACCAUCGCGCAUGCUGCACCCCCGGACCUCAAGCGCCGCAAGAAGAACCCCGGUACCAACUUGCCCGGAAGCGCCUUCUUCCAGCAGGCCUCCGAGCUCUUUACGGGCUUGUUUGCGGCGGGGCACCUUGACAACAUCACCCACGAGUGCGGGAUUGAGGUGUGUUUGCUCUACGCGUUCUACUUACAAGUGGCCGACUUUACCGUGCUGUCGUUCUUCUAUUUUGGACUCGCGCUUCGUGCGAGUUUGGUGCUCGGAUUCCACGUAGACGCGGGAAAGAACUCCAUCACGCGCUAUGAACUCGAGCACCGGCGCCGCUUGUGGUGGACGGUCUACAUCUACGAGCGCAUGCUCUCUUCCAAGAUCGGGCUUCCGCUCCUGGUAACGGACGAAUGCGUCAGCACCGCGCUCCCGUCGGACUUUGACAUGACCCAGCCGCCUGCCGGCUGCGAACACUACAUCUUCCCCGAGGCGGAGAUCCUCACAACCACCAUCCGCAUCACCAAAAUCAACGCCAAAGUUCUCGCACGCCUCUACACGCGCCAACCAACGUCCAACAUUUUACCCACCGUCGUGGAGCUCGUGGACACGCUCGUCGACUGGAAGAAGGCGCUCCCGGACUAUCUUACCAUCGACUGGAGCAGCUGCAUCUCACGGCUCCAGGUCAACCUCCUUUCGGAAUUCUUCCAGGGCAUCAACCUCGCAAUCCGCCCCCUCGUGUUCCACUUCGUCAUGAAGCAGUUGAAGGUGCACUACGCCACGCCGCGCGACGGUGCCAGCGCGGACCCCGUCUACAUCGACUUGACAUCCUUCCCGCAAAGCAUUCUCUCGCUCCUCAACACGUCGUUCCGCUCGUCCAUUGACAUGAUCCGCUCGCUCUGGUCGCUCUUUAAGCAGAACCAGGUGGCAUUGUUUGGCUUCAUGGACCGCGAGUAUCUCUACGGUGCCCUUGCUACGCUCAUUUUAUUUAACGUUGCUUUCGGUGUCUACUCCACCACCAUCCCCCAUAUCGAUCACGGCUUGGCGAUCAUGGUACGCAUGGCCAGGUUGGGCAACUUUCCGGCUCACUUGCGCGUGGGCCAGCUCGUGCUGUUGAUCAAAAAGUUGGACCUUGGAGGAAACGAAAUGUGUGCCAUCAUCGAAAAGUACGAGGGCGGAAGGGAAGACGAGAGAAGCUCCAAGCGCCCGCCUAGAGACAGCUCCACCGUUUCCACCACCCCA